AUGACAAACCAAUCUCUUUUUUAUCACUUUCUCAAUUUAUACUAUUUUUAGCAACAAAUAAAUCACCUCUAACACCACAACUACUUUAUAACAUCAAAAGAAAGGAAGGAAAAAAACUGUAAAAUAAUAUAAAAAUAUUUUCAGAUAAGUCUUAAUAAUUGUAUUUCUAUUCAUCUGAUUGAACUAAAAUAUUAUUUCAGUAGUAUUUUAAAAUAAAAUAUUAUUAUUAUGCGAUAAAAAUAUUAAACCUGUCUGUGA